AUGAAGACCAAUAUCAACAUGACAAUGACCCAGAAGCUAUCAAAACUAGUUAGUUUCGAACUCUUGUCUGGGUCUUCACCAACCCCUCAAAACCUCACCAAAAUCAUAUCUUUCUGCGCAACAUCGGCUUCUUUCGAUGUGGGUAGCGCCAUUCACGCCAUUGUUAUCAAGUUGGGUUUUUGUUCGAAUGUCUAUAUAUGCAGUUCUCUUGUCGACGUGUACGGCAAAUGUGGCAAGUCGUGGAAUGCCCAGAAGGUGUUCGACGAAACGCCUCACAGAAAUGUAGUGACUUGGAACACUUUGAUUUCUGGUUAUUUGCAAGCUGGUUCCCCACUCAGAGCAACUCGUUUGUUUCUGGACAUGUUCAGGGUCGGAACAGAGCCACCGACGACGUUCAGGUUUUCGGGGGUGUUGGUGUGUUGCGCACAGUUAGAAGCUGAAGAGCUUGGAGCUCAGGUGCACGGUUUGAGCUUGAAAAUGGGGCUUUGUGAUGAUGUUGUGGUGGGAACAGGAUUGAUAGAUAUGUAUUCAAAGUGUUGUAAGGUUAGAGAGUCAUGGCGGGUGUUUAAUCAAAUGCGAGACAAGAAUGUUGUGACAUGGACUUCCAUGGUUACUGGGUGUGCGCAGAGCGGACAGUCUGAUGAGGCAAUGAAUUUAGUGAGAGAAAUGCUGAGGUUGGGUCUCAAGCCUAAUUAUGUCACUUAUAAUAGUUUGUUGAGUUCAUUUGCUAGAAUGGACUUUUGGGAUUGUUGCAGGCAAAUCCAUUGCCGGAUAGUGAAAGAAGGGUUUGAUUCCAACGUGUAUAUUGUGGUUACCCUUUUGACCUUAUAUUCAGAGUCUAAUAGUAGCUUGGAGGACUUCCGUGCGCUUUGCUCAUGUGUUUCAGUGUGGGAUCAAAUCUCAUGGAAUGCAGUAAUUGCGGGUUUUUGUAAUAUUGGGAGCAGUGAGGAAGCUCUGAAGUGUUUCUCUGAAAUGAGGCAGGCCGGUGUUGCUGUGGAUUUUUUCACAUUUACAAGCAUUUUAAGAGCAGCAGGAACUCUUUCAGCACUUGUAGAGGGAAAGAAAAUCCAUGCUCUCAUCUUCAAGAGUGGACAUGCUUCAAAUUUAUGUGUUCAGAAUGGGCUUGUUUCAAUGUAUGGAAGAUGCGGUGCCAUCCAUGAUGCAAAGUGGGUGUUUACUUUGAUGAAAGAACAUGAUGUGGUCUCCUGGAAUUCAUUAUUAUCAGGUUAUGCACAUCAUGGAUUUGGGAAGGAGACUGUUGAAUUGUUUGAGCAAAUGAGAAGAACAGCGGUCAAACCAAAUAAUACCACCUUCCUGAUUGUACUAACUGCCUGUAGCCAUGUUGGUCUGUUGGACAAAGGGCUUGAGUAUUUCAAUCUAAUGACAAAUGAUGAUUUGCCUGAACCACCUAAGGUGGAGCAUUAUGCUACCGUCGUUGAUCUUUUUGGUCGGGCUGGAAACCUUCACCAAGCGGAAGCCUUUGUUAAUAGCAUGCCAAUAGAGCCAGGUGCCUCAGUAUACAAAGCUCUACUUAGUGCGUGCCAAGUUCAUGGAAACAGAGAACUUGCUCUUCGUUCUGCAACAAAGCUUCAGCAACUGUGCCCAAAUGAUGCUGCAACUUACAUACUGCUAUCAAAUGUGUUGUUGACAAGAGGCUCCUGGGAUGAUGCAGCAGGAGUACGGAAGCUCAUGUAUGAUAGAGGAAUAAGAAAAACUCCUGGUUAUAGUUGGAUUUGAUUCAACAUUACAAUAUGAAGAAAAGGUGGAUACAACUUUUAAGAUGGACAUAAAAAUACCUGUUCUUGUAGAAGCUGAGACACUCAUUCUUUCUCUUCUCCCUUUCUCCGGCCACCAUCAUAUUUUGUAGAAGCUACAACAUGGCCGUGGAAUCAGAUGACGACUAGGACGAGGAUGAGAAGGAGUCAUCUGAUGUUGGAAUGGCAGGACUCGGAAAGAUUUUGUUCUUAGAUUCAGCUAAACUUUGAGUUUGUUGAUGGGUUCUUCAGUCCACUCUAUGAGCAGCUUGGCAUUGAGAUCUUUGGACUUGGAUUUAUCACAUCCUUACUUUUCGUAUUCUUUGUUGGCGUCUUUGUUUCGUCAUGGAUGGGUG